CCCACCAAAUUGUCAAACCCACUGAUACAAGUUUUGUUAGUAUUUUAUAAGCGGACCAAUUGCAUGCACAGCAUCUGUCUCCAGAAUCCAGAUAUUUUAUCCUUCUUUCUCUUUUAACAGCCAAGCAGUCUGCUGACUACUACUCUUGUUAGGCGCCAAGCCUCCAACUGCAUUUGCAUAUUCUGUAUAAUACACAAAUAUAAUACUAGUAUUCAAUAAUGUCAAUCAUAGAAUAAAAAUGAUUGAUUCAUUAUUGGCAGCUAACAACAACUUCUCUUAAGACCUGUUCUUGUUUUUACUACUUUAGAUUCUCAGUCUCAGAUAAUAAUAAUAAUGAGCACUGAAAUCAGAAGUUGUUUUUUCUUCUCUUGUUGAGUUUGAGAAUGGAAGGUUUCAAGCAAGUAGUAAUGGAUGACUGGGCUCCAUUCAUAACAAGCUAUGUUCAUGAAACUCUGUUCCAGUUGACUAAAUAUGAUAUAAUCAGAGAACUUGGAUUGAUAUGGAAUGUAAUACGAAGCUCGAUCAUAGUUCCAGUCUUGACAGUAUCAGUCUACCUGUGUUCAGUGAUGAUACUGAUGGUGUUCGUUGAACGAUUGUAUAUGUCAGGCAUAAUCUAUUAUGUAAUGCUUUCUGGGUUUAAACCAGAAAAGCGUUACAAAUUCGAAGCCAUUAAUCCUGUGGAACACAGCGUCGAAGAACAAGGUGAGGUUCAGAAGUGCACGGCAGACUAUCCGAUGGUGCUGGUUCAGAUACCCAUGUACAAUGAAAGAAAGGUUUACAAGCUGUCAAUAGAAGCUGUGUGCCGCCUUUCAUGGCCGUCUGACCGAAUCAUAGUUCAAGUCCUCGAUGAUUCAACUGAUCCUCUCAUCAAGGACUUGGUACAGAUAGAAUGUCGAAGAUGGGAAAAAGAAGGAAUCAACAUCAGAUAUGAAACAAGGAUUCACCGAAAUGGGUACAAAGCUGGAGCUCUUAAAGAAGGAUUGAAACACAGCUAUGUUGAGGGGUGUGAAUUCGUUGCCAUCUUUGAUGCUGACUUCCAACCAGAACCAGACUACCUCCACAGGAUCGUUCCUUAUUUCAUUCACAAUCCUGAAAUUGGUCUUGUUCAAGCACAGUGGGAAUCCACUAAUUCACGUGAGUGUAUAAUGACAAGAAUUCAAGAAGUAUCUUUAAACUUCCAUUUUAAGGUGGAACAAGAAGUUGGGUCCUUCGCAUAUGCCUUCUUCAGUUUCAAUGGCACUGCAGGGGUAUGGAGACUUACGACAAUUGACGAAGCUGGAGGAUGGAAUGCACGCACAACCACUGAGGACUUGGAUCUGUCCCUCCGCGCAAGUCUCCAUGGCUGGAAAUUUGUCUAUGUCUCAGAUAUCAAGGUGAAAAGUGAAUUGCCUAGAACUUAUAAGGCCCUACGUUAUCAACAACAUCGAUGGUCAUGUGGACCUGCUAACUUGUUCAGAAAAAUGGCGAUGGAUAUCAUCAGGAAUAAGAGGAUCAGUUUGUGGAGGAAGAUUUAUGUGAUAUACAACUUCUUCUUAGUCCGGAAGAUGAUAACUCAUAUCGUCACCUUCACCUUUUUCUGUGUUAUAAUCCCUACGUGUGUUAUGUUUCCUGAAGUUGCAAUUCCAAAAUGGGGUGCAGUUUAUAUACCUACUGCCAUAACGCUUCUGAAUAUUAUUGAAACACCAAGGUCUAUCCACCUACUUGCUUUCUGGAUUUCGCUUGAAACUGUCAUGUCUAUGACUCGUAUCAAAGCGAUACUUAUCGGUUUGCUAGAUAGAAAGAGAGCGAGCGAAUGGGUGGUGACAGAGAAAUUAGGAGACACCCUACUCAAUUCUAAUGACUCCAACAGUUUACCAAUCAAAUUAUCACGGAAACCUCCUUUGCUAGAAAGAAUCUACUUGAUGGAGCUUUGCAUGGGAGGGUUCAUCUUUUUUUGUGCAUGUUAUGACCUAGCAAUUGCAAAGUCUGGGAAAUACAUAUACUUGUAUGUACAAGCAAGCGCCUUCUUCAUUUGUGGGCUAGGUUAUGUUGGCACCCAACCCACCUAUUAUUAGCAAGGGCAAUGAAUCAUUCUACGAAAACACAUCAGUCUCGUCAUUUGUAAUCUAUACAGUGACAACAUAGUGAAGUUUCAAAUGGGUAGGGAAUCCUAAACCCUAUACUGUAGUAUCAUGAUUCCUUAAACAACGAAUCGAAUUGUACAGGAAAAAUCAAUAUAUAUCAUUCUUUCUGUAAACUUCUUCAUUGUAUCUUCCAUUUACUAUACCUCCCCUACAAAAACAUCUAAAGUGAUCCACCUACCUAAUUGAACUACAAAUUCCUCAAAAACCCUACUUCGACUAUAAUGAAAUUUCAAUAUCUCACAACUAAAAGGAUACGACGACCUAAUUUCACAAGCCACAAUGUAAGGUUAAGCAUUUGCUACAGAAAAAUUUGACAUGGAUCUCAGCGAUUUCUCAUAAGUUUAAGUCUACUGAAAGAUUCAACAACUAAACACAUGGAUUUCUUACAAUCACAAAGA